CCGGGCAUGCGCACCGCGCUGUGCGGAGGAACGCCUUCAUCUGGAGUGAGGCGUUAUUUAAGAAUGGAAGAGGAUACAGAUUAUAGAACCCAGUUUAGUUCUUUGUGUUUCAUUAAUGAUCAUGUUGGAUUUUGUGGCACUAUAAAAAGCUCACCAAGUGACUUUAUUGUUAUUGAAAUUGAUGAACAGUCACAGUUAGUUAAUAAGACCAUUGAUGAGCCUAUUUGUGAGAUGAGUGAAAUACAACCAGAGACAAAAAAUUUUUCCAAAAAAACAAAAUUAGAUCUUCAAAAUCUAUCAUUUGAAGAUGGAAGUAACCCAGAAAUUAAUACUUUGGCCAGGUACUCCAAUGGUAACCAAAAUAAUCAGUCUGAUGCAGAAAAGGAAGAUACUAUCAAUGACGGGAUUUCCAGAUGUGAAGAAAAAGCUGAUGUAUUAAACUCCUUUUUAGAUGAAAAAACUAAUGAGUUACUGAAUAAUUUCGCCUGUGAUAUAAAAGAAAAGUGGCAUUCUAAAACUGAGUCAUUUGGAUCAGCUCCUGAAUUCUCAUUAGGCAGUAUCCUUGACAAAAACCAGAGAGCUAGUUUACAUAGUGCUAUUAGGCAGAAAUUUCCUUUUUUAAUAACUGUAGGAAAAAACAGUGAAAUUGUUGUAAAACCAAAUCUUGAGUAUAGAGAACUUUGUCACUUGGUAUCUGAAAAAGAAGCAUUUGACUUUUUUAAAUAUUUGGAUGCAAAGAAAGAAAAUUCCAAAUUUACCUUUAAGCCUGAUGCAAAUAAAGACCACAGGAAAGCUGUCCACCAUUUUGUCAACAAAAAGUUUGGAAAUCUAGUAGAAACGAAAUCUUUUCCUGAACUGAAUUAUAAUGCUGGUACUCCAAAUGUGGCGAUAACAGUAAGAUUUCGGGAAAAAGCACACAAGCGCAGGAAAAAGCCUCUUGAAAGCCAGAAAAGAAAAGUGACAUAUACAGCUUUUACCCUACGAAAGGAAAAUCUGGAAAUGUUUGAAGCAAUUGGUUUUUUAGCUAUCAAACUUGGUGUGAUUCCUUCGGAUUUUAGUUAUGCAGGCCUUAAAGACAAGAAAGCCGUUACCUAUCAAGCGAUGGUUGUUAGAAAAGUGACUCCAGAGAGGUUGAAAAAUAUUGAAAAAGAAAUUGAAAAGAAAAGAAUGAAUGUGCUUAAUAUUCGGUCUGUAGAUGAUUCCCUUAGACUUGGUCAACUCAAAGGAAAUCACUUUGAUAUUAUCAUUAGAAAUUUAAAAAGCCAAAUAAAUGAUUCUGCAAACCUGAGAGAGAGAAUUGUGGAGGCAAUAGAAAAUGUUAAGAAUAAAGGCUUUGUGAAUUACUAUGGACCACAGAGAUUUGGGAAGGGAAAGAAAGUUCACACAGACCAAAUUGGACUGGCUUUGCUGAAGAGUGAAAUGGUGAAGGCCAUAAAAUUAUUUCUUAUACCAGAAGACUUGGAUGACCCUGUAAAUAGAGCAAAGAAGUAUUUUUUUCAAACUGAGGAUGCUAAAGGCACACUUUCAUUGAUGCCUGAGUUCAAAGUUCGAGAGAGAGCAUUGUUGGAGUCAUUGCAUCGCUUUGGCAUGACAGAGGAGGGUUGUAUUCAGGCAUGGUUCUCUUUUCCCCAUUCCAUGCGCAUAUUCUACAUUCAUGCAUACAGCAGCAAAAUUUGGAAUGAAGCCGUAUCUUACAGACUUGCAACCUAUGGAUCAAGAGUAGUGGAAGGUGAUUUGGUCUGUUUGGAUGAGCAUGUUAAUGAGAAUUUCUCAAAUAGUAAAGUUCACCUAGUAACUGAAGAAGAGGAAUCAGCUAAUACAUAUGCAAUACAUCAGGUGGUUCUUCCUGUACUUGGAUACAAUAUUCAAUACCCAAAGAAUAAAGUAGGGCAGUGGUACCAUGAAAUACUUAGCAGAGAUGGACUACAGACAUGUAGGUUUAAAGUACCUAUUCUGAAACUGAAUGUUCCAGGAUGCUACAGACAGAUUUUGAAACAUCUCCAUAAUCUCUCAUACCAACUAAUGGAAGAUCAUGACGUUGAUAUCAAAGCAGAAGGUUCCCUUGUUGAUACAGCACCUUUAUCACUUUUGAUUUCUUUUGAUCUUGACGCUUCAUGUUAUGCUACAGUUUGUCUGAGGGAAAUCAUGAAGCAUGAUGUUUAAAACUAAUAUCCUUGAAAUAAUCAUAUAUAUAUAUAUAUAUAUAUCACUCUUUGAAGGAAAGAGAGCUAAGAUUUCCUGAGCAUCUGCCAUAUGCUAGGAGCUUCAUAAUUGUUAUCACCUUUAAUUUUCAUAGCAUCCUGAGAAGUUGAAAUUUAAUGUAACAUUACAGAGGACAUAUAGCUAGUAAAUAUCAGGUCUAAAUGUAAGAUCUGUCUGACUCCAAAGCCUGUGUUUUUUCUGUUAUGUAUUGUUUCAGUGACCUUUAUUCUGUGUCAUAGAAAGAUUCUUUUUAAACCAUUAGAAACAUAUAAUACUGUAAGAUAACAUUUAAGAAAAAAGAGGUUAUAAAUAAUAUGCAUGCCCUCCAGAACAUUGCCUAGAACAUAGGUGAAACUAGGUUGCAAUGAAAGCAACCUAGUUUGGAAAGAAAAAUAGAUGAAACAUUUGGCUUGUUGUUAUUGUCAUUCUUUUCUACAUUUGAAAUUACUGAUCAUAACAGUAUACAAGAGAAAUACCAUCACUCUAUUCAUGAUAGCUACCCCAGUGUAUUUAUUAUCCUUUUUUGAGAUAAAUAAUCUUUGAUGAAGAUUGAAAUAAAAUUUUUCAUACAGUUUUUAUAUCUUGACAUGUGGACUCUUUUUUUGUAAUUUUUGGGGUAUUAUUUAAAACAGAUUUUAGAGUCAGACAGAUCUGUGCUUAGAUUCCAGCUCUGAUAAUUACUAGUGACUUUGAGUAUGUUACUGAUUUUGUGUGAGUGUGUGGGUCAUUUAUAGAAUCAAGACGAUACCAACUUCAUAAAUGACAAAUAAUAAGAUUUUCUCCACUUUUUUGUUGCUAGAGGAAGAAAAUAUUUUGCCCGUUUGAAAAUUAUAAUGUUUGUUGGUUUAACUCCUCUAUAUUAUAAACCUUCUUUAGACAUUUUGUAUCAGUUAAAUUUGCCAGCAGAAAUGACUGGUAUGUAUUAAUUGGGAAGAUCUGAGUAUUCUUUCAUUGCUGGUAACAUUAUAUAAUGAUGAAAUUUAAAAAGCAAUAUAGAGCAUUAUAUAUCAGUAAUGUGGUACUUUAUGUACAUAAGCUAGUUAUACCAUUUUGGGAAUACAGAAACGAACCCAAAAGAAGGAAAAUAAGCUGUAUGCAAUGCAAAAGUUGCCUAUUGCAACAUUUUUAUAUGUAAUGAAAGAAAUUCAAUAUUCAAAACAGUUUCAAAGUCUAGCAUUAAAUAACCAAAGUAAGUAAAAUAGGUAUCAACUUGAUGGUAAAAUAUGUGAUGAAUGAUUGAGUUACAUGAGAAAAUGUUGUCCUCCCCAAAGUAGCACUCAUGUAUUACAAAUGCAGUAAUACACCAAAUUCAGCUUUUACAAAUGAGAGACAUGUUAGAGUAGAAUUGUAAAGCACAGAUACUGGAGACAAACUCACCUAGUUUGAACCCUGGCUCUGCCAUGUAUAGAUAGCACUGCGGCCUUAAGCUCAUGUGAUCAAUUCAACAUUUAAAAAAUGGGAAUGUUAAUAUUGCCUACCUCAUAGGAUUAUACGGAGGAUUUCCUGAGUUUAUAUAUACAUAUGUAGUAUUUUUAAAAAGUGCCUGGCACUUAGUUAUUGUUAAAUAAGUGUCUGCAGAUACAAGUUUGCAAGAAAAAGGAAAAAAUGAAAAUGCUGUUCUGUUAGGAUGAUGGGGUGUUUGAAUUUUUUUUAUUAGAAAGUACCUUUUUGUCAUUGUAUACAUAUUUUAGCAAUAAAUAACUCUCUACACACAAAA